AUACUAAUUGGUCCUGUAUGAACUCCUGAACGAAGCUUCGAGAUUUCUCUACAAUGAAGUGGUGCAGUAAUCGCCCAAGAAGUAUGUUUGCGAUUCUUGUCGAAAUUAGCAUUUGAAAAACAACAAAAAUCAUUAUCAUUCAAAUAAAAACGGCUACAAGGAAGAAAAAUUUACUUUACGUUGUAGUAAGAAAAUAUGAAACUUUAUACGAGCUGAUAAUAUGCAUGUAUGUUUACAUUAAUCAUGUAUCCGCAGAUAUGACAUUGCUGAAAUCAUACAUUAUUCUUCGUCUAACCUAUACACGAAUCAGUGGGAUUACGAGUUGUUUGUUUCACAAUGGUUUGUCUAAUUCCAAUUUCCAUAGAAAUUUCACAACUGAAUGUGAUGAAGAAAAAGCGUCCAAUCAAGUUUCCAAGGAUUGUCACUCGUCGAAAGAUAUCGCAUCUAAGAUUACAAGAGGUUAUGUCAACGUUUCAAAAAUUGAAAAUUCUGAAAGUAGCAAUGUAAGUAAAGAGUGCAAUGAAAGCAUAACAGAAAAAGUAACCUCGAGAGAAUCUGUUAUGGGAAUGGAUUGUAUAGGAUUAGGGGAACAUGAUACGAAUAAGACUGUACAAGAAUCUUUGAGUGGAUCUAAUUUGGAAGAGACUAUUACUUUAUUAGAUACGUAUGAUCUUAAAUUCAACGAUGCUAUAAAAAUUGAAGAUGAGAAGUUACCAGGACCAUUGGAUAAGUGCAACGAAGAUCUUUCUCAUAUAGGACCUUAUAUUACCCCAACUUUCAACUUUGCAAAAUUUGCAGAUGAUUCGAUUACCAUUCAAAAGUUGGUCGAUUUGGGUGUGGAUUUACAUAAAUUAGAAAAACAUCGAGAUUUAGUUGAAAUGUACUUGAGCCUAGACUUUGACAGGGAUAUAAAACCUUACAUAACGUUCUUACAUGAUUGUGGUCUACAACCAGAAAAUCUUGGCAGAUUUAUCACGAAAAAUCCAAGAAUUUUCAAAGAGGAUAUGGAUGAUCUUCACACUAGGAUAAGAUAUUUAGCAGCUCACUUAUUUACCCCUCCAAUGAUACAAAGGAUUAUAACCGGUAAUCCAUUGUGGUUGUCCUGUAAAACGCAAAAAAUAGAUGGAAGAUUGGGUCAUUUUCAAUGGACUUUCAAAUUAGAUGGUGACCAAGUAAGGUAUUUAGCAACGAAAUGUCCCAAACUUAUAACAUACGAUAUGAUGCAUAUAAAAGAGAAUACUUUCUCUGUGAAAGAGGAAAUGGGUUUCAAUCUAACUGAAAUAAAACGUAUCUUGUUGGAUUCACCUCUUGUUUGGAUAAACAGUAGAUCGAAAAUAGUGGACGCUUUCGAUUAUAUACACAAUCAGAUGAAUAUAUCUCAUAAACUAAUAUCCAUACAAUCAAAGGCUUUAACUUACAGAAAAAGUUUACUCCACUCAAGACAUCAAUUUUUGGUAGAGUUAAAGCGGAAUCAAUACGAUCCUACAAAACCGUUAUAUGUGUCGUUGAAAGAUGUAGUCGGUGGCACCGAUAUUGAAUUUUGUAACAAUGUAGCAAAAGCAUCCAUUGAUACGUACAAUCUGUUUCUAAAAACCAUUUAAUUUAAAUAAAUACGAUGUGCGUUAGCAGGGUAACUUUUAUUGUGUAUAUACUUAAAUCUUAAAUUUUCUUAUGUAUGCCUACAAAUCUUUAUGUACAAUUUUAUAUGUCACAGAGAAGUAUUUAAGCCAUGUUCAUAAUUUUGUCUUAGUCAAGGUAAAGAAACAUAUACUGAAAUGCAUCGAUUUAUAUUC